AUGGAUAAGAAAGAUUGGGUAGUAUUUGAGAUACGUGAUAACUAUCCACACAUUCGUAAAUUGCGCGAGCUUCUAGAUCAAAUCUACGGAGGCUACUUCGAGUUGUCGAUGAUAAACGGUACGCUCGUGAUUAGGGCUCCCCGAAGGCCAUCUCAGGAUGAAUUAUAUGAACUCUCCAGAACAGGGAGAUACCGUCACUAUUACGAAGAAAAUGAGUCUAUCAGAGUCUUUACCGACGGGUCCACUAGUGGUAAAGGAGGACAUACAGCAGGUUCCGGAAAACGACCAUUAAAAUCCGGUUCGUCCUCGAGCCAACCGCUAUCAGUAACCGCAGCUGAAGAUCGCAACGCUCCUGAUAUCAGCCAAAUUCCAUUAUUUGACUCAGAAACACAAAUUGUCCCCCCAAUAGAAUCGAAGUUGCAUGCGGUUUUGAGCCCUACCCAUGUUGUUAUUCAGAACACCGCAUCUAAUGACGGACAAAAUCUACGAGGCUUGUAUGCAAUUCCGAUAGAAAGCGGCGAGACGUCCAACGUAUUUGGCGUGGAGACUCGUCUGUCGCUAAAUGGGCCUCUUGCGAAAUCAAAAGAUGUUGUCAGAAAGUGUGCGGUCAAACGACUUCAUGAAUCCACAAGUGCUGAGCAAUUCUGGACUGAAUACGAAUCCUUGAAGCGCCUCACAACAUUGGAUCAUCCUCACUUGAUUGAAACCCUUUCUGUCUUCCGAUCGGAGACCAACGGGAUUCAGUACUUUAAUUUUGUGUUUCCACUUGCGCUUUCUAACCUGAAGCGCCUCUUUCGAGACUUCUUUGUCCCCCUGCCUCUCAGAAGUCGAAAUAUUCAGUCUCUGUGGGGGCAGUUCCCUGGACUUUCAAGCGCUGUUGCUCAUCUCCAUGAUUCUGCCCAUAUGGCCCAUCGCGAUAUCAAACCAUCCAAUAUUUUGAUAUACGAAGAUCCAUCGAGAAAAGAUCUAAUCUUGAAACUUACUGACUUUGGCCUAUCAGUUGACCUAUCUAGAGCCAGGACCUGGGAGCAAGGUAGUCGAGCACGUCAGUCAGCUUGGCUCUAUGACUCUCCUGAAGUUCGAAAAGCAUCUCCUAUGACUGAAAUGGCUCAGUCCAAUGAAAAGAUCAGUAUUCCUUCUGCUUCAGAUCUAAUGUCGAAUGAUAUCUGGAAAUUGGGGUGUGUGUUUACUGAAAUGCUCGCCUACCUAGUCUGUGGAGGUUCCACGGGUGUAAAUGAAUUCCGUGACCACAUAACCACAACAGAAGACAAAAUAUCUUCCGACGUAUUUAACGAUACACGCUUCGAUGACGGUGAGCAGAUCAAGCCUCAGGUCCUUGAGUUUCUGGAAAGAAUGGCCUGUAAGGAUACUCGAGCCAGGAUGCUACAGGCUACAAUCAGCGAGAUGCUAUCCAAGUCGGCCUUGAGACCUACAAUAAAGAGCGUUUGUGACAAUUUGGCACAAAAUAACUUUCCGAAUAUUGGCUACAAUGAUGGCGUCAGGGUGGUUCGGUUUGUCCCAGCAGACCGUUUACCAUACUCCCGUUCCGACAAGUGGAAACUCAAUAUUGAGAGAUGGACUGGCCGGCCAAUCGAUUGGGCACCAUUGGGUCGGCCACAGCCUAAGCUUGAUGCCGGUGGCUUUUUGGCAACCUGGAAUUGGAACGGAGUCGAACUUUUCUUGGGUCUCUCUCAGGAUCAGCAUGAUCGUUACAGAGCGACAUGCUUCCCUGUCACCACAAACAACGUUCCACUUCUUCCUUUGGCGCAUCAAGGUCAGAAGUCACAAAAGACUGCCAGUCCGCUCGGGAACACGAAUCAAUUAGGCAAUAUCGUUCAACCAUCUCAGUCCUCUCUCGGCACCAAUGCCACCGUGACCAAUGCUUCUCCGGGGCGACAGCCUUCUGUCGACACAAAGGACAUCUACUGGUGUAUUGAAAGGAACUUCACAGAACCUACUGAGAUAUAUCUCUCCCCCAUACAAAACGCCGAGAACUUACUCGAUGAUGAAGCAUUGUUCGGCCAGGUAAAUACGGCAAUCGGUAGUACAGCAGGUUGGAUCCGUCGCCUAUUUUCAUGGAAGCGAUGUACCGCGAUUGACUUUGUUCAGUUCCUUGUUAUAUGGGAAAAUAAAGACCAAGUUAAUCCUAUACAGAAAGAACUUCCUCCUCCUACUACUCCAUUCUACAAUCAUUCUGUUCCUUCGCCACACGACUUUCACAUGAGGGCAAUUGGAUUACAGAUGGUUUUCGGGCUUCGAGAUCCGAAGAAGGGAAGAGGAGAAAGAACCAUCAUUGGCAUGCUCCCCAAAAAGACGAACCCUCCCCCAUUCUCUAGGAGGAUAUCAGAGCCCGGUUGGGGCUUACAUGCCAAGAUGGGGUUUUCGCAGCGGAGAUUUAUUGUAUGGUUGUUGUUGUGCGUUGUUUUAUGUGCAGCUUUUGUGGUUUUAUGGUUGGUUUUCAUUAGCAAGACAGACCUACAGAAUGCCUUUGUUCCAAGCGCGCUAGGCGCCGCUCUGCUGGUAAUUCCUCUGGGCCUUCUUCAGGUAGCAUAG